AUGUUCACGAGGCUCAAGACUGCGGAGGAGGAGCGAAGGGUUGGCGUUCUUGAGGCAUAUGCAGUAAGAACCUCCAAGCACGAUAUAAGGAAGUUUCUUCGCGCCAUGGAGUACAGAAGACUUCCUCGGCACCUGAAGAGAAUCAAGCCGCAGGACUCGGACCUGCUUGUACUUGUUGACCUUGUUCAAGAUGGCGGUUCUAUGGACAGGGUUGUAGGGCUGGUGAGAAGCAUGGCUGAGGGUGGAUUUGGGAACGGGCUCCCUGCUGAAGAUCUGGCAUCUUCAAUUGAGAUUGUGAGUGUUCCAGAGCACCAACCGAUAACAGACUCCCAGUACGCAGAAGGCACAGCACUCUGGCCGUGCAUCAGAACCCAUAGAUUCAUAGAAGAGCUAGAUAUCGAGUAUAUCACGAGGGUGGUAGAAAUGCUGAAGACAAGGAGUGCCAUCUCGAUAUGCUGUGGCGCUUGCAUCAUAGCAGGCGGAGAGGGCAUAGUGUCGGUCCAAGAAGAUACUGAUGAUGUCCUGGGACAUUCGGUAUUGAGGGCUGUUGAGGAGGUUAGCAAGGCCCAAGUAUCCUAUCUGUGCACCGGGCUUGAUGCGUUCAUACCCAGAGAGCCCUGUCUGUCAUGUUCUAUGGCAUUUGUGCAUGGAAGAAUCAAGAGGGUUUUCUGCGUCAAGAGAGUUUCUGGAGGCCCCUUCUCUGGUCUUAAGAUCAACUACAACAAAAGCUUGAAUCACAGAUAUCCCGUCUACUUUAUGGAUGAGCCCUACGAGCUGGCUUGA